AAAAAAAUGACCAAAUCGGAGGCCUGGCCCGGACCCGGACCGGUCCCGGUGGCUACCCGGGCCGGUCCCGGGCCUUCCUUCCAAAAAAAAGUCCGGCCGGGCCCGGCCCGGAACCGGCCCGGGUCCAUGACUACUCAGAAAGAGUUGAAUAUGAGACAGAGGAGAUGGAUGGAGUUGAUCAAGGACUAUGACUUGAUCAUCGAAUACCAUCCCGGAAAGGCCAAUGUGGUGGCCGAUGCACUGAGCAGGAAGAGUACGUCGGAGACGUUACUCACAUGUCUACAGGCAUUGAGGGCACGUGUGGAGGUGUCCACGUGCGGGACCCUCAUUGCUAGAUUCAAAGUUAGGCCUACAUUGUUGGGUGAGAUCAGCAGGUGUCAGGCCAUUGAUGAGGAAUGUCAGAAGAUCCAUGAACGGAUCCUUGAGGGGCCCGUUGAGAACUUCCGAGUAAGUGAUGACAGUCUAUUAUUGUUUAAGGAUCGUGUAUGCAUACCAAAGAAUGAAGAACUCCAGAAGUCUAUACUUGAGGAGGCUCAUUCUUCAGCUUAUGCUAUGCAUCCAGGAGAUACUAAGAUGUACCGAGAUUUGAAGGAAAGUUACUCGUAGUCAGGUAUGAAGAGAGACAUCGUAGAGUAAGUGAGUCGAUGUCUUACUUGCCAACAAGUUAAGGCAGAGCAUCAGCACCCGGCAGGGCUUUUGCAGCCACUCACCAUCCGAGAGUGGAAGUGGGAGCACGCGACCAUGGACUUCGUGGUGGGGCUACCACGAACAGUGAACAACUAUGACGCAGUAUGGGUAGUGGUUGAUAGGCUCACCAAGAGUGCACACUUUUUGCCUAUCAACAUUACCUAUCCUCUCUAAAGAUUGGCCAAGCUAUACACGGAGGAGAUUGUGAGAUUACAUGGAGUCCCGAUAUCCAUUGUCUCGGAUAAAGAUCCACAAUUCACAUCCCGAUUUUGGCCAAAGUUUCAAGCAUCGUUGGGAACUAAACUGAAGUUUAGCACAGCUUUUCAUCCACAGAUGGAUGGACAGUCCGAGCGAGUGAUACAGAUUUUGGAAGACAUGCUUAGGGCAUGUGCUCUGGAGUUCCAAGGAAGUUUGCCUAUAACAACAGUUAUCAGGCAAGUAUCGGCAUGCCUCUAUAUGAGGCAUUGUAUGGGAGGAAAUGUAGAACACUGUUGUGUUGGGACGAGGUUGGCGAGGCCAAACUCAAAGGGCCAAGGCCAAGGUGAGGAUCAUUCAGGAUAGACUGAAGGCUGCUCAAGACCGACAGAAGAGUUAUGCUGAUAAACGGUUGAGAGCGUUGGAAUUCGAAGUCGGUGAUGAGGUUUUUCUAAGGAUUUCUCCUUGGAAGGGCAUCAUUCAAUUUGUAUCGAGGGGAAAGCUUAACCCCCGAUACAUCGGUCCAUUUGAGAUCCUUGAAAGGAUUGAGGUUGUGGCUUAUCGUCUCAAGUUAACACCAGAACUUGAGAAGAUACAUGAAGUGUUUCAUGUAUCGAUGCUCAAGAAGUAUGUAUGAGAUCCGUCUCAUAUUUUUGAGAAACCACCGGUAGAGAUCCGUGAGGGCUUGCAAUAUGUUGUUGAACCGGUAAGGAUUGUUGGUCAACAAGUAAAGAAAUUGAGGAAUAAGGAUAUUCAUAUGGUAAAGGUUCUUUGGAGGAGUGCUCGAGUCGAAGAAGAGACCUGGGAGACCGAGGUCUCAAUGAGGGAGCAAUACCCAUUUCUUUUCGAUUAGACACGUGGAUUUUGAGGACGAAAUCCCAAAUAAGGGGGGAUGAACUUGUAACACCGUUCCCAAAUAUAUUUACUUUUAAGUAAAUGAUGUAAUGAACCUUAUGGAAUGAUUAAUGAAUUUACGAAGUUGUAAAUUUUUAUUAUUUCUUUCGCAUGAAUGUAAAUUGCACGUGGGACCCGCACUGGAAGCGGGGGGCCACCUGAUAAUCCUGAAACUAUAUAUUUUAUUCAUCUUGGUCUGGAUAAUAAUUAUAUGGUGGAGGAUAUAUUAUUUGAGCCAUAGAAAGGCCCAGGGUUGGCCGAUUGGUCAAAAAGCGGCCCAAUUGCCAGUACCGACAAAUUUAUCAGAUAACAGCCCGAAAAUGAAUUUCGGAGACUUCUAAAUUAAAGUUUUGGAAUAUAUAUUAUCUCAAAGGGACAUUAUGAUUGAGAGUAAGUAAUAUAUUUUAUUUGACCCGAUAAAAUAAAAUAUAAUUAAAACAGUCCGAAAAAUACAACUUUCGGGGCCAAAUGUACAAUUCGGGACAAGUUGGGAUGACCUCCCACAUGAGUGGGGGCCACCCCACGUUUUUGUGUGCUAAAUGGUUGACUUGGGGAGCUGCAUAGCAUGGAGGAGUGGCGUAAAAUGAGUGAGAGUGAUUGGUUGGUAUAGGAAUGACCUUAGGUGGACCUCCGCGCUCAAUUAUCUCACAAUUGAGACAAAAGAUACACAUCACCUCCCACCCCAAUCACUUAAUUCGGCCAGCACCAAGGAGAAAGGGAAAGAAUGCUCUGAAACUUCAUCUUCCAUAGCCAAAAUUCGAGCUCAACCUAAAGUAGUCCAAGGAGGAAGCAUACUACGGGUCCUUCAUAUGAUAUAUAGCUCAUAUAGUAGAAGAAAAAUAUAGGAAAAGUUAUAAUAAGGAACUUGAUUAAGGUAUUUCAAGAUCUUUCACAAAGUUGAGAGAGUCGCCGGAGUUGUCGCCGGAGUUUGUCAAAAGUCGCCGGAGUUUCGCCGGAGUUCAACCAAGAAUGGUAGAACUUCAUAGCGCUAAUUCGAGGUUGAAGCUAGGGCUUGCUACUUGCACCUUCUUACGGGUGAUAUCAACUUUAGGAAGACGUGGUUCAUGCUUCUUUAUUUUCUUUCAAACUACCGAACACUUGCUUAUGGAUAUUUGAUUUACUAUAAAACUAUUUUGGGACUUGCAUGCCUAUGUUGUUGGCCGGUUGUGGCUUAAGACUUACUGUUGAAUAUUUCCCUUAUUCAUUGGUUUAAAUGUGAUGUUGUUAUGUAUGUUUACUACUGAGUAUGGAUGGAUGGUUUUCUCGAACGCCUUGUAUGAUUAAGUGAGGUUGAAUCGCGGGUGAUGUCACUUGAUUAUACGGCGGUUGUACACGCGCUUAAAUUAUGGUCUGGGGCGUGACAUUUGCUAUGUCAUACUUUACGUUGCAAAGUAUGUAUGCCGUAAGAGAGUCAUUAGAAGAGAUGUUUGUCUCAAAAGAAUGGUCAGCUCAUCAUUUGUCCAGGACUGCGGAGGCAAAGAAGGUGAAACAGAUAUUGUUGAGAGAUAAAUACUUUUGGUUAAGCAUGGCUUAUGCCAUCAAGACAACAAAGCCAUUAUUUACUAUGUUGAGGAUGACAGACUCUGAGAAGAUGUCCUGUAUGGGAUUUUUGUAGAACGAGGAGGAGGGUCAUCAUAGUUUCCUUGGUGUUAAUGAAGACAAUUCUUUUGAUCUUGUAUUGGAUUGCAUUGGAUGAUGAUGAUGAUGAUGAUGAUGAUGAUGGGGGAAGUGCUAGUGGUUUUGAUCCCUAUUUCAAACCACUAGAUACACAAGAUCCGCUUUUCGACUCUUCAAUCUAAUAGGACUA